UUAAAUACGUCAUUUUGCACAUUUGAAGGAAAUCUCUUUUUCUUUUUCUUUAAAAGAGAUCUUUAAGAAAAAUAUGGCUCAACAGAUCGAACGUAAUCAAGAAGCCACUAUUUAUAUUGGUAACUUGGACGAAAGAUGCACAGAUACGCUUGUUUGGGAGCUCAUGUUACAAGCAGGCCCAGUUGUCAAUGUUCAUUUACCAAAAGACAGAGUAACACAGCAACAUCAGAGUUAUGGUUUUGUUGAAUUCUUAACAGAAGAAGAUGCAGACUACGCAAUCAAGAUUAUGAAUCAAGUUCGACUUUACGGUAAACCCAUUCGCGUCAAUAAGGCUACUUCAGACAAAAAGAAUUUGGAUGUGGGAGCAACACUAUUUAUUGGUAAUCUAGACACAGAAGUAGAUGAAAAGAUGCUAUACGACACGUUUAGUGCUUUCGGUUUGAUUGUGAAUACACCUAAAAUCUCGCGCGAUCCAGACACUGGUAUUUCUAAGGGCUUUGGUUUUGUCAGUUAUGAUAAUUUCGAAUCUUCUGAUGCUGCUAUUGAAUCUAUGGAAGGACAAUAUUUGAUGAACAAGCAAAUUACAGUAUCUUAUGCAUUCAAAAAGGACGGUAAAGGUGAAAGACAUGGUUCAUCUGCUGAAAGAUUAUUGGCUGCAGAAGGAAGAAAGCAUGUCAUGCCAAACCGUAUGUAUCAAGGUGGUCUUGGUAUGGCACCUGCUAUGGCUAUGAAUGGAUUUAGACCUCCUACAGGUUAUCCACAACAGUACGGUGCUCCUCCACCUCCCCCACCUGUUUGGCACUAAUCGAGUGACUGCUCAUAAUUUGAAUAAAUAAAAAAAAAUAAUAAAAAGCGACUCUUUCUUUUUUUUCUCUCUUA